UGACAUUUACUACCUUGGAAGGAGUGCGUGAAGGGCAAUGAAGUGACCCCCUCCUCUUUGUCUCGCAACAGAAAUGCAAAUAAAUCCACAUUCUGGACUUUUUCCAGUUGCUUUUUGAUAACAUUUGUUCCAAACAGGUAGCUGCUAUUCAGUUUUGUCUCACACACUUUUGCUGCUGAAGAGAAGGCUGCUCAGGUCAGUAUUCUUAAACAUCAAGGACUGAGACAUCGUCACCAUGGCAGAAGCUCAUCAGGCAGUAGCGUUUCAGUUCACGGUGACUGCAGAUGGAAUUGACCUUCGACUUAGUCAGGAGGCCCUGAAGCAUAUCUACCUGUCAGGUGUAACUUCAUGGAGGAAACGCUUCAUCAGGUUUAAGAAUGGAAUUCUGACAGGAGUAUAUCCUGCAAGCCCCUCGAGCUGGCUUAUUGUAGUCAUUGCUAUUAUGAGUGCCAUGUAUGCAAGAAUAGACCCUUCAAUGGGCAUGAUUGAUGGCAUCAAGAAGAACUUGCCAGUGAAUGGCUACAUGACUAUUCAGACACAGACGAUGCUAAGUGCCAUAUUGUUUUCAACCGGCUUGUGGAUUUCUCUCAUUUUUAUUCUGCGCCAAAUGCUGAAGCUCCUUCUUUCAUAUCAUGGGUGGAUGUUUGAACCUCAUGGUAAAAUAAGCAGAUCAACCAGAAUAUGGGCGGUCUUGGUGAAGAUUUUUUCUGUCCGGAAGCCUAUGCUUUACAGUUUCCAGGCUUCACUUCCUCGCCUUCCAGUGCCCAGAAUCGAUGACACAAUAAAACGGUACCUGGAGUCAGUUCGCCCUCUACUGGAUGAUGAGCAAUACAGCAAAAUGGAAGCUUUGGCUGAAGAAUUUAAAAAGAAUCCAGCACCACGACUACAAAAGUAUCUACUUCUGAAAUCUUGGUGGGCACCAAACUAUGUCAGCGAUUGGUGGGAAGAAUACAUUUACCUGAGAAGCCGGAACCCCAUCAUGGUCAACAGCAAUUACUAUGUCAUGGACCUUGUGUCGAUGACCCCAACUUGCCUUCAGGCAGCAAGGGCUGGAAAUGCAGUCCAUGCCAUGCUGCUUUAUCGCAGGAAAUUGGACAGAGAGGAAUUCAGCCCAAUGAAGGUAUUUGGCAUUGUUCCCAUGUGCUCCAACCAGAUGGAACGGAUGUUUAACACUACCAGGAUUCCAGGAAUUGAAACUGACUCUGUUCAGCAUCUGAAAGACAGCAAACACAUGGUCGUCUACCAUAAAGGGCGCUUUUAUAAAGUGUCACUGUACCAGGGUGGGCGACUCCUUCUACCUUCUGAGUUUGAGAUGCAGUUCCAAAAGAUCUUGGAUGACACAACAGAGCCACACGUGGGAGAAUUAAAACUGCCAGCACUGACAGCUGGGGAAAGAAUUCCUUGGGCCAGAGCUCGGGCCCAAUUCUUCAGCCAAGGUGUCAAUAAAGCUUCCCUCGAUGCAAUUGAAAAAGCUGCAAUAUUUAUGACUCUGGAUGACGAGGCUCACGGAUAUGACCGGCAGAAACAGAGGUCAAUGAACCUGUAUGCUAAAUCGUUAUUACAUGGGAAAUGCUAUGACAGGUGGUUUGAUAAGUCAUUUAACCUUAUUGUCUAUACAAACGGAAAGUUGGGGAUCAACGCAGAGCAUUCAUGGUCAGAUGCACCGACAGUUGGACAUCUAUGGGAGUUUGUUCUGGCAACAGACAUUUUCCAGUUAGGCUAUACUGAGGAUGGGCACUGUAAAGGAGAAGUGAACAAGAGUAUACCACCACCUUCCAAACUGCAAUGGGAUAUUACACAAGAGUGCCAAGAUGUUAUUGAAAGUUGCUAUAAUGUGGCUAAAGCAUUAGCUGAAGAUGUCGACUUUUAUGGAUAUCUGUUUGAAGACUUUGGAAAAGGAUUCAUAAAAACGUGCCGAACGAGUCCAGAUGCUUUCAUUCAACUUGCUCUACAGCUUGCUCACUUUAGGGACAAGGGGCAGCUUUGCCUUACAUAUGAAGCCUCGAUGACUCGGAUAUUCCGGGAAGGCCGAACCGAAACUAUUCGCUCCUGCACAAUUGAAUCAACAAAAUUUGUUUAUGCGAUGGAAGAUGCAAGCAAAAGUAAUGAAGAGAAGCUUGAACUUUUCCACAAAGCAGCAGAGAAACAUCAACAUAUGUGCCGUUUGGCAAUGACAGGUGCGGGCAUUGACCGCCACCUUUUCUGUCUGUAUGUCGUCUCUAAAUAUCUGGGAAUGGACCCUUCAUUCCUCAAACAGGUGUUGUCAGAGCCCUGGAGGUUGUCCACCAGUCAGACACCCCAGCAACAGCUCUGCAUGAUUGACUUGGAAAAGCAUCCUGACUGCAUCAGUGCUGGUGGUGGAUUUGGGCCAGUAGCAGAUGAUGGAUAUGGGGUAUCAUACAUAAUCUCAGGAGAAAAUCUGAUGACCUUCCACAUUUCCAGCAAACUUUCCAGUCCAGAAACAGAUUCCUAUCGAUUUGGGCAGAACAUUCGCCAAGCAAUGCUGGACAUCAGGGCUUUGUUCAGCCAGAAAAAGAACAUGAAACUAUAAAUAUGACCUGCAGAAAGACUGCUGUAUAUACAUAACUAUUAAAGAAACUGUUCUAGUAUAUAUAUGAAAAUUGUUCAAUUUUAUGAUCAAUUAAAAAAAAUCACUGUAAAAUAUAUUUCCAGAUUCCUUGUAUAUUAAUUGUUCAAUUUUGAUAACUGGACAGGUUAUAUGUAUAAAUUAUAUAUUAAUGGCUUACUUUGUGUACAUUGUCAAUUCAGUAUCAAGGUGGCUUUAUCACUAAGCUAUAAUACUGCUGUAUUUAUGUAUAAUUUCAUGACUUAAUUUUACAAAUAUAUAACAAUACUUCCACA